CCCGCGGUCAUAGCAGAAUACCGAUUGUUCCAAGUAACACCGUGUGCGCUGCCUACCCUGGCAUUAGUUCCGUACCAAAAAAAAACGCGAAAAACUGAGGAGAGAUUGGCAGGUGUUUUGGGCUGGCGAAGUCUGAGGGUUGGCCCGACGUAGCGACGGAGACUCUGUCGGAAGCUCGGCCAAGCCCGCGGACUUGACUGGGGCUUCCGGAGCUUCAGCAGUAAGCCCUUCGUACAACCGGCGACUUGGGCGGGGAUUUUGGAAAGAUUUGGAGUGGCAAGGGUGGACUAGCGGGCGACGGCGGCGACGGGGCGAUCUCUGCGGGCUCCGGACGGGGCGAGGAUUGAGCGGUGGCGGUGAUUCCCCGCGGAUACUGCAGGAUUGGCCAGACUUGCAGCGACUUAUGACCUGAGCCAACCUGAGCCGAAUUUACCGCGGCGGAGACGGUGACUCUGGUGUUCGGGAGGUGGACAGUUGAGUGCGGUCAGGUGCGGCCCAGCGGCAAGGGCCCGUAGCGGCGGUGCCCCUGGCCACGUGGCCCGGGCCGCCCCCUCCACCACACCUGCAGGAGCCAUGGACGGCCUUGCCACCGGCCUCCACGACGGCCUCUCCCUCCACGACCUCCAGCCUCCACCACUCUCCCACGACCCCUCCCACACGCCCACGCUCACCCACGACCCAACCCACGGCGUCCACGACCACUCCCACGCCCACAGCCACGACCCACGGCACCGCCACACCCCCGGCCAGGAUACCCUACACGCCCUGGAUGUGGGCCACGACGCUGUGCACGCCCUCUCUCACGCCCAUACCGCCCACAUCACCCACAGCCACGUGGCCCUCUCCUCCCCGCACCAAACGGGCGUGGCGGCCCUACGUGGCCCUCCUCCUCUACACCCACUCACGCCCACGCCCUCCAGCACAGUCCUCCCACCCACGCCCGUCGACAAGAAGCCGCUAAAUCUAGAUGUCGGCGAGAAGCCGUCCCAGUCCUGCUCCACAGAGUCUGACGACGACAAGAACAAGAAGAAGCGACAACGGCGACAAAGAACCCACUUCACCUCCCAGCAGCUGCAGGAGCUGGAGGCCACCUUCGCCAGGAACAGAUACCCGGACCUCAGCACCCGUGAGGAGAUCUCCCUCUGGCUCAACCUCAAGGAAGCACAAGUCAGGAUCUGGUUCAAGAAUCGGCGGGCAAAGUGGCGUAAGCGGGAACGUCACGUGAUGUCGGCGGCCAUGCCUGGAGAUUUGAAAUGCGGCUGGGGGGCUCAGCUCAACGGUUUCGCCUGGCCCGACGAUGGUCUCUACUCCGGCUACUCCUCUUACAACAACUGGGCUCGGGUCACGCCGCCGCCUCUCAGCACCAAGAGCUUCACAUGGGGCUUCAACGGCGUCAAUAUGAUGGGGCAACAGACGGCAACGAUGUCCCCGAUCAACUGCUUCCAGACACCGACGCAAGGUAUGAGUGGGUCGGCCUCAGCUGCUGGCAUCAUGCCCACCAGCAUGUCCUCCUCCCUGGGGUCUAGCGGCGCCCCCUGCCCCUACCCAGCCCCAACACCCCCUUACGUCUACCGCGACCAGACUUCAUCCAUGUCCUCCUCCAUCGCCUCGCUCCGCCUCAAGGCCAAGUCCCACUCGCCGGCCUUCACCUAUGCCCCGAUGUCUCCACGUCAGAACUCCCUCUCCGCCUGCCAGUACUCCAUGAGUGAUCGGUCCACCGUUUAAACAGAAAAUGAACGCCGCUGUCGACACCGUUUACUGAAGCUACAACCCGAUUCUUCUGUAAAUAAAACAGUCCGGCUUUCGUUGACGGACUGUUUCGUUGAGUCGGACAAUGUUACAGCGAUACUGGUCCGUCAUAAAUAUAACCGGAAUACACUACCACAUCCGGACAUCUCCGUGGCAUCCUGACGACUUUGCUUUAAUCGUACCCUCCAGUCGUUUCCGGUCUGCACGCUAAACAGACCCGGACGACACUCGCAUCCAAAUUCCUCCUGGCAACAGAGCAACUGUCGGGAGGACAUAAAAAAGGUUCCGGCACUUGGUGUAUUCUAAAUAUCAAAUAGAAGUUCCCUACAGGACAUGAAGAAGACCCAGGCACGGAGUGUGUUCUAAACAUCCAGCAAGUGUCCUACAAGUCACCAUAAGCCCCAGCAGGCAGCAGGUCGUCGCUUGUGUUACUGAACUGCCCAACAGCCAGUCAUCUCCUCGACCUUUUGACGAAGGUCUCAUAAACCUUACGGUCUCUUACGGAGCCUACAACAGGCAACCACGUAACAGAGCCGACAUCUGUUGACUGCAGUGCUUUGUAAGCAAUAUUUCCACCUCUGGAAAAUCCAUGGAGUUCCGUCAUUACGAUGUUGAUAUCGUAUAGUGACAAAAACAUUUUCCAUUUAUAUACAUAGAUACAAUUAACACCAGAGAUAGAAAUGAUGUGCUAAACGCAGAUAAAAGGGACGAACUUUUCCCAAAGGAAAAUUGAAAUAAUGAAAACGAUGCAGUUGUUGCACUGUGAGAUUUCCAUUAAGGUGUUGGGUAGCAUUCUUGUGCCGUACAAAGCAGAAAUAUAAAGAAGGUCCAAAUGAAAGAACUCUUGACACAAAACUCCAGGUUGGACUGUAGCUCCGGCUUUCGGCGAGAACGUAAAGUACUGAGCAUUAAAUGCAUUAAAUAUAUGUGUAUUAUCCGAAUUAUGUCUUUGAAGCCAGUGCUUCCCAGCAGAAUGAAAGGCUAAAUGUGUGAAUGUCUUGAAAGAUAUUCUGUUUAUAGAAGACUUUGUGGUAAUCUUCCACAGCCGCAAGAUUAUCUGUUGGGGGGGGGUCAAAUGCCAGUUGCAAUCUGGAACGAUUGAAUGCCUUACAGUGACUCUUGGCAACAUUCUAGCGUAGUGGAAUACCUUAGCGAUUUCAGGAGAUAGUCUGGAGAAGUGUAUUGUCUUACAGUGGCUCCUGGAAACAGUCUGGAGCAAUGGUUUGCCUUACAGUGAUUCCUGGAAACAGUCUGGAGUAGUGGAAUUCCUUACAGUAAGUUCAGAAGACAGUCUGUAGCAGUGGACGGCAUGCUUUAGCAUGUGGCAUGCUAAAAUACUGUUUCGACCAUGGAAGGUGGAGUUAUUAUUGCUGCCUGAAUACUGGAAUGUAAAAGCAGCUCAAAGGGCAAUACUUUGGCAACUCUUCAUAUAGUAAAACCAUAGUCUUGAUAAAUGGAAUCUUUUGUCGCCAUCUGAAAAGCACAGUGAUCUAUGUAGAAACAAUUCCUGCUGCAAUCCAGAACAGUUUGUUGACAAAAUAAAAAGCUCUAGGCAGAAGAUAAGCGACUGCAUCAAGGCUUUUCCAAUCAUAUGUCUGCAACUCACGUCAGUACUUCAAAAUUAAAUAAUUUUUCUCCCAAUCACUCACACAAACAGACCCUCUUCCCCAUGAUUGUCCUCGAAAGGGCCAAGAAAAAUGACGACACAGUGCUGUUUUUAUUUCACAUUUCCGCAUCCAGGGUGAAAUGAUAGUUGAACGUUCCCGUGAGCCCGUCUUUCCAGCCUGUAAAAGCCUAAAGUGCGUUCAGGCUUCUCUAGAUUCCUCGCCAAGAAAGGAAACUCGCUAUUUUGUUUCUGUGCGGUCUCUCUCGCCAUAACAACAAACCAUUUAUGCGUGAAAACGCGACCCCCACGUCCUCCACGACCUUGUACAGAGACGAGACAAAGUUUCCAUCGUGUGUAAGAAGCCUAGCGUGAAUAAAUAGAAAAUUUUAAUGACAUGGCAAAUUCAGAUACUGAUGAUUGUAUCAGCAAUCUCGUGUGAUUUGCAGGUGCCACAGACUCUUAGCAAGAGACGUGGCAAUUAAUGUUUGUGUUGUGGUGCGCGACUUGUGGGGAAACACUGGCAGUUAUAAUCUCAAAAAAGUGUCGUUUGAAAGCUUUGAGGGGAAACCCCUUUCCUUGCACACUCUUUCUCAAAGCCCUUCCAGUUACGCAUAAGAAGGGCUAAUAGAGGAAGGUUUGUGACUUCAGAGGGCCAGGGAUCAGCGCCGAAAGCUACAGAGGAAAUUUUUUUAAAUUAUUAAAAAUUGAAUUGAAUUUAUAUAUGACCAGAAAUUCUGACUGAGUGAAGUUAGUUACACGAAACUGUGUGUGUGUGUGUGUGUGUGUGUGUGUGUGUGUGUGUGUGUGUGUGUGUGUGUGUGUGUGUGUGUGUGUGUGUGUGUGUGUGUGUUUGUGUGUGUUUGUGUGUGUGUGUGU